AUGGAUGUCUUUGGGACCAAGAUCCUCGCGGGCUCAUUAAAGGGCGGCGUCCAUCUCUUUGACAUGGACAACAACGAGCUCGCCUCGUACGGAAAGGGGCUGUCCCAUUCGGCGGAAUUUUCCAUUGGCAAAUCGAGUCUGAAAAACGUGAGCAUUGCACCGCCAGGGAACAUGGUCCGAACCAUCAAGAUUGGCCGAGUCAAGUUCGCGCCCAAUGCCUCAAAAGAGUACAUACAGAAUCCCAGUCCAUCACACUUCCUGGCGACACAGGGCAAGAUCGCCUUCAUCUGGGACAUGGAACAGAACACUGUCACCGCCCGGGAAACGUUUGCAAAAGACCAUCUACUGUCCGUGGACUGGUCACCGCAUCCAUUCGGCCAAUCGCUGAUUGCCGCUGGUUCCGUUGACCGAUCCGUCAGCCUGCUUGAUCAGCGUCAGAUGGGCCUCGGAGGGGUUAAAUCCUCGGUGGUGUGGAGCGUUGCGCGUGCUCACAAUGGAGUAGUGUCAUGCACUCAAUUCAAUCCGUUUGUGCCGUACUGGCUCGCCACUGCAGGCGACGAUGCAGUGGUGCGACUGUGGGAUAUCCGAUACUCCAAAUAUCCAGCUGGAAAACUUGAGGGCAGCUACUCCGCCAUUGACUCGAUGUGCUGGUCCAACACGCACUGCGAUGUUGUUUCGGUGGGGUGCCGAGACGGCGCCUGGAGGGCGUGGUCGUUCACAGCGUCCGUAACGGUGCCGCGGGAGACCUCUGGCACAUCGUUCAUCGGGCUGCCGAGCUCCGAUGGCAGCAUGUCCACCACAAUCAAGACCCUGAUCCGCGAAAGCGUUACCAAGGCCAAGGACGACCAAGGGUGUGCGACGGUUGUUGGCGGCACGAUGAUUGGCGAGUUUGUCGAUAAUGCCACCCGAGCCCCCAUCGUAUCCUGCAUCCCAUCUGCAUCACACCCCGAUACCUACUAUUCUCUCAGCGGCACGGGCGACGUGAUCAUGACCACGCUGCGAGGCGAGCUCUUUGCAGCGACGACGCCACACCGCUACGAUGCCCAGCGGCAGUCCGGCGAGUACGAGAUCGAGUGCUUCGUCAACAACCGGGACCUAGUGUCGGCACUCAAUGGAAUCCUGCAGCUGUCCAAGUCAUGUCGGUUUGAGGGGCGUCUGACAUCAACAUACGAAGGACAGUUGAUCGAGCUGCUGACAGCAAGACCUCCAGUAUCGCCGGACUCGUGGACGGUGGCCCCGAAUGCGCUUGACAGCGAGCACAGGCUCUCGACGGGUCAGAAGAUCGGCGGAAACGAGAUGGUUGGAAAGCUGCGCAACGACCUCCAGCAGUGGACCUACUUUCUGCCGCCAAACUUUGAGGCGAUGACGCAGUGGUGGGGAUUGAUCCCUGUCAAGCUCCGGAAGUCGUUCGAGCUCGAGACGCUAAGAUUCAACUCGCUCCGGAGCGUUGAGCGAGGCAGCUGGGAACAAGCACUCCAGGCAGAAAAAGCCAUCUGCGAUGGGAUGCAGGCCGACUCGACCUACAUGGAUGUCGAGUCGCUGCAGAGCCUGGUCGAAUGUGUCCUCCAAAACGAUUUUUGCAAGGGCAUCGCCAUGGGAAUCAAGUUCACGGAGAUAUAUGAAGACGACCCGGCGCGGCAUCUGCAGGAUCUGGCGGAUCUGUACAACAUCAUGCUGUUCCCGACGGUUCACGACCAAGGCAGGUGGAUGCCGCCGGUGACCGCUCUAGCGGGCGAAGACGCUCUGUUGACGACAGCUGGACAGAAGCCUCGUCAGACAAUCAUUGCAGAAUACCACGAAGCCAAGCGGCAGGGCGAGAUCGAGUUUGUGCCCAUCCGCCCGUACCGCGCCGGUCCCUCGCGAGAGCGAAGCGAGUCUGUCACCAGCGUUAUGCAAGGAGGUUCGGUCGGCAGCCAGACUCCAUUCCUCGACACCAAACUCGCCAAGCUCGGCACACCAACUCUCAGAACGUCAAUAUCGGUGGCAGGGCCAUCGACGCCGACGUCCAUGACGAUCAAUAACCUGGCAAGCUUGGCAGAGGAGCCUAAGCUGGGUUUGAACGGGAAGGUGUCGAUCCAAGUGAGUCCCCCAACCGACACGAACAGCCGCCGCAGGGCCAUGAUCGAGACGACCGUAACGAACCCAAAGAACGUUAUCCCAAUGUUAAAAUUGGAGGCGCUGGUCAUGAAGCUGCUGGCCAACCCAACCAGAUCGGUGGAAGAAGAUAUUGUGCGCCUGUUUACUCCAGUCGGGAGCGACACCACCGGCGGACGGGAUGGCCUCGGCCAUCUUGUCGUGAACCGAGAAAAGACCAUAUCGGCAUACAGCAGCCGCAUUUACCUGGACUGCCUCGUGGCAACCAAACGUUUUGAAGAAUACUUUAUUGUGUUCUUUGAGAUGAAUACGAACUAUCCGCAAACGGACUUUAUCAAAACCGUCCUCAAGCACGCCGAGCGAGUGGCCCUCGUGCGUCUGAAACGGCACUCCGAGGGUCAGAUCUUGAGCUGCAUCACCAAGGUUCUUGAGGGCGGAGCCAAGUCGACCCUGGGCGAGCUGGCUCUGGAAUUUGCGAAGCGGACACGGGAGCUGCUUGUGGUACAGCUGCGGAUCGGAUGCUACUUUGCCCAGGCGGGUGAGAACAAGAGCCAGUGGGACCGCGAAGGGCUCGAGGCUCUUCAGAGGAUGGCACAGACCAUGUGUGCGAUUCUGAGCAACACCGGUGCCAACGUGCUCACAAGCUUGGAGCACAUCGAGAAAUACAUAGGCAAGUCUCCGGCCUCACCUGCACUCAGAGAGGCUGCCCAGGCUGCCGUCGAGAUCAUCCGCGAGGUGUAUCUCAAGUUUCCCAAGCGUGACAAGCGAGAUCCGGUCGUCGGCGGGGUCAUCAUCGAGGAGGUUUCGUCGCUCCAAGAGCGCCUCGGCAAGAUCCUCAAGGCCGAGGGCGCUUCGGAAAGGAGCUGA